CAGCAUCCUAAAAAGAAAAAAAAUACAAUAAACUUAUGUGUAAUUUUAAUUUCGUAUGGUUAAAAAAAAGUGCAAAAACAAUCCUUGAGCAUUUAGUAUUUAAUUUGAAAUAUUAAAAUAAGCAUUUCUGCUUGAAAAAAUAAACAAAAAAAGAAAAACGUUAAGAAAUCGCGAAUAUUCUGCAAAUAAAUAAAACCAAAACAGAUAAAUAGAGCCAAAAGAUAAGAAGAAGAAAACAGCAGUAAUUACAAAAUAUAUUUUUGUAUUAAGUAUUAUUUAGUUGUGAUUUCUGAUAAAUUGUUAUGGCUGUUGCAUCGCCAAACGAUGGAGAAUCAAUAUACUAUAACAAUCAACAGCCACAACAACAACAACAUAACCAUCAAAUUCAGCAACAAGACUACUCAGCAAUGGGCGAGCCCACAAUUUCAAAUAUAAACUUAGUACGAAGCAAUAUAAAUACAAGUGAAGAAUCAGGCGCCUCAGUAGGUGGUUUUAGCAACAGUAAUACAACAGAGUGCAGAGGAGGCACUACUUCGAGAGCAGCAACGUCUAUCAAUAAUUCUUCUGGUGGGUUAUUAAAUAGUAGUAGUGUUGGAGGUGGCAGCAGCAGCAGCUUUAUGGCGCCAACAAGCGGAGAUAGUAAUAGUAGCACAACAACAAUGCAAAAUAGUAUUGGUGUUAGUGGAAGUGCUACAGCUGGUGGUAUAGUUGGCAGUGGACUUGGUGGAAGUUCCUAUCAAAUUGGAACAGGAUGGGAGGAAUUCUGUGAACGACAUGCCCGAGCGGCAGCAACAGAUUUUGCCAAAUCCUGUAUUAAUUACAUUAACACUAAUCUAAUUGACGAUGCACGAAUUAUUUCACAUCGAAAUUUCAUGCAAAAGUUUUUGGAUUCAUUUGGAGAAUGCUUUGAAGUAGAGUUCACCCGGCGAAAGAAUCAUUUAAAGGCUGGUAAUGGAACUGCUGUCGUUCCAGAAGAAAGCGAUAUAUCUGAAGAACAAUCUUCGCCAAAAAUUUUUCCCAAAGCAUUCUUUCGUCGACUUUCAUUUAAGGGAUUACGUAAAGGAAAGAAUUUUCUCUUUUUACAGGCAUUGUUUCAUAGAAAUUCAGAUGAUCUGGAUGCCACAACAAGCAGUAGUAGCCGAUCGAAUAAAACUAAAUUAGCUAAAAUAGUUGUUGAAUGUCGUAAAGAAGGUAUUGUUAGUUUUUUAACACCAGAAAGCUUAGACCAACCUUCAGCGGGUGCGCAAAAAUGGGAAAAAUGUCGACUGGCAUUAGUCAAGGCCGUUGGUGGUUAUAUGUUGGAAUUUUAUUCUCCACCAAAGUCACAAAAGCCAAAGAGUGGUGUAUUCUGUUUCCUAAUAUCCGAAGCGCGUGAGACGACCGCACUUGAAAUGCCCGAUCAUGAGAAUACGUUUGUUCUCAAAGCAGACAAUAAUAUGGAGUAUGUUAUUGAAGCGCAUGAUACAGAUGAUAUGCGCAGUUGGUUAGCGACGAUUCGCUAUUGUAUGCGCAGUCCACCGACACAACAACCAACGCUUGAAAUGUCUUCAGACGCAGGAGCAGCUACACCAGGAUUACAAAAUGCAACUAAUACCAAUACAUCGAACAACAUUAAUAAUCCUACAGCGAAUCAGCAUCAACAUUCAACGACGUUUAGCAGCACCAAUAAUACAUCUUCGCAACCUAUUAACAUUAAUGUUCCAACGACAUCAGCCACAAGUGAUACUCUGAAUUCGGUUAGUGAAGGUGGUGCUAGCAGUCCAGUACCUGAAAUACCGCCCCGACGUCAAGGCGAACAACGUCUAUCGGCAUCGAGCAAUUUCGAAUUAACCGAAGGUGAUUUAGAAGGUUCCGAAUUGAAUGUUGCCGAUUUAACAGCGGAAAUGCGUCAAUAUCCUUGGUUCCAUGGUACUCUGCCACGAUCGGAAGCAGCACGAAUGGUUCUUCACUCUGAAGCAGCAGGUCAUGGUUUCUUUCUAGUGCGACAAAGUGAGACCAGGAAGGGUGAAUUUGUGCUCACGUUUAAUUUUCAAGGCAGAGCCAAACAUUUAAGAAUGACACUCACUGAGUCUGGUCAAUGUCGAGUGCAGCAUUUGUGGUUUCCAUCAAUACAAGAAAUGCUGGAACAUUUCCGACACAACCCAAUUCCCUUGGAAUCGGGCGGGACUUCAGAUGUAACUCUGACUGACUGGGUGUACAACAGAGGCGUGCCAUAUAGUGGAGACAGUUUUGUUUCAGAUGCAGGGUCAAGCAGUCAUCCACAGCAACAUCCAUCCCCCAGACAUGAUCAACAAGUUAUCACAAUGAAUGGAAGUGUUCGCCUAAAGACAUGUGAUAUUGAACUGCCAUUGGUACAUCAUUUGCCUAAUAAUUUUAAUAAUAACAAUAAUUAUAAUAAUCAUCAACACACAAAUAACAACAACACAAAUAACAAUAAUAGAAAUUCACCAAGUUUUCAUGUGAAUAUCCUGCAAGUGCAUGGUCAUCAGCAAAAUUCAUCACAUCUCCAACAACUCCAUCAUCAUCUUCAUCAACAGCAACAACAACAGCAGCAGCAGCAACAACAACAACAGCAACAAAACCAACAUCAUCAACACCAUGUUCCAACAACACCAUCAGCCCCACCAUCCCAACAACAGUCACAGACAUCAGGUGGGGCAAAUAAUGAAGUUGAAAUUGGUCGAGCAGUAGACAACCAAUAUAGUUUUGUAUAAGAAAAAAAUAACUCAACCAACACAAGGAACAUCAACAAGUAACAGGUACUAGAUUAAAACUUGAUUUAAAUAAGAUAAAGUGCCAUUUGAUAUAUAUUAUGUUUGUGUAAAGUAUAUAAGUAAAACUAAAAAAAAAAAAACAAAAUAAAAACAACAAAAUCCAUAAUUGCAUAUUCCUAUACUGCUAUAAACCCAAACAUAAAACUAGUGAACGAUUUAUAUGUAUGUCUAGGAUCUCAGAAAUAUCUGUAUCCCAAUUAAUUAUACUUUUAAAAAUGCUAAAUAAUUUACAGCCUUAUCUAUAAAGAAGCUUUAGAGCCAUCGUAAUUUAGUAGUACCUCUUAGUAGCUCUUGAGUGCAAAACCGGUAUCGGUACUUUUACCCCCGGGUUUAUCACUUAAAACUCCACUACAUACAUUAUGACAAACUUAAACAAAAAAUUGCUUUGCCAAAUUUACUUUUUACAGCUCCCAAGAUUUGUAUCAUCAGUCCAAACUAUUUUCUGCUUUUUCUUAUGUUGUGUUUUCCUUUUUGACACGAAACUAGCUAAAGGCUCAUAAUCUACGGAAUCAAAGUCACUGGUUUCAGAUACCAAAUAUUGUGAUUCUCUGGUAUUUCUUCUUCUCUUCCCAAACCAUUAUGGAGAAUUGAAUAAAAGCUUUUUGUUGGGAAAACAGUGAUCGCUGCUGCCAUUGUAAGGUCACCUAUUUGACAAAACCAUAACUGUUAUCUUUCCGGUACUGCAUAAGAAGCUAUGAUGAUCUUUAAGGCAUAUUUUCGUAAAAAGGCAACUUAAAUAUUUAAGUACACAUGAUUAAAUGGACCUUAGGAGUCAUAUAAACAAAACUAAUACAUUCGGCUGUAAAUGUUGUUUCAUGUCAAAA